UGGAACUGCUUGCUUGUUGUCAAACCAAUCCAGCCCUUCUCAUGACAACAACAAGCCAAUGGCCUCCUGAAUUUGGCAUAGUGCCUAUUGUGUGACUACAGUUGCGCUAUCCAUUGGGUGUUCCUGUGUUCUUUAAGCAGAACUCACGCCAAGUUCUUAUCGUAGCCUCUUGGUGGGGCCUUAUCGUGAUUUUUUUGCAAGCCGAAAAGUUGAAGUGAUUUGAACUUGCAAGCAUUUCCAAACCGCCAACGGGGAUUCUCGACUACAACCAGGAUAGCCAACGAUUUCCAACAUGGCUCCCUCCACGGCACUCGAGGAGGCCAAGCGCGCCAGCAAACGAAAGCUAGAAGAAGAGGACUAUGCCAAGAGAAAGCGAGCGAAGAAAGACAAGUCCAGGACGAAGCAAAACGAAGCCAAUGGCCUCCGAAGUGAGGGUAACACGCAAUCUUCUGCUCCAUGUCCAAACGUGACCGUUACCGAGUCGAAAAAGCAACGUAAGCGAGCCAGGAACAAGGACAGGACCUCGAAGACACUCCCGCGCAAACCGUGGAAGGUAUCCCAGCCCAUGGGGGGCAGGAUGGUCGAUAUCGAUCCAAUUAUGACCGAUGAUGAAAAACACCUGAUUCUGGCGUACAACACCUCCAUCCAAGUCUUCUCUACACUCGAUUCUCUCUUGAUCCGCAAGGUUUCUAUACCAAUCUCGUUCCAGUCCGAUGUCCGUGAGGAGGUCAUUGCAGCUCGCCUUUCAGUGAACACCCCCAAUCUCGUGUGGGUGGCAUCAUCCAGCGGUCGAAUCUGGGUAGUCGACUGGACCACUGGGACCAGAUCCUUCCUCAAGCUCAAAUGCGACUUCCUCAGCGACCUACUUAUCGAGAGUAUUGAGAUCAAUGGGGAAAAAAGAGACAUUCUUCUGGUGUCUAUCGUGGUAGACAACAGCUGGCGUAUACAGGCUUGCGACAUUCAGGGCCAGGGCUUGGGCAGUACGAAAGUACUCAUCACGCGGCAGGAGAUGGUAGAGAACCUUUGUUCUGUGAAGAAUGGCCGGGCUUUUGCGGCAUCUGCCGAGGACAAGUUACUGCUGGGGGUACUGAAGUCUGUGUCCUGCGCUUCGUUCAGCGACCUGGUAUAUGAGAUAUUCAUCCUUGAUUGCAGUGAUGAAAUCACCUGUCUGGACAUGCGAGCUACAGAACGGAUCCACCUGACUAGGAGGUCCCAAAACGAGGCAGGCAACGAAAUGGUCGUUGACGUCGUUGUAGGAUGUGCUCGUGGUGCAAUUUUCUGCUACAAUGAUCUGUUACUGCACCAGCUACGUCUGCUGCAAGCCCCCGAUAAUCGAGGCCACGGACUGCAACCUCGCAAGUUCCACUGGCAUCGCAAAGCUGUCCAUGCUGUCAAAUGGUCCCAAGAUGGAAAUUAUGUCGUUUCUGGCGGUUCAGAGUCUGUCCUAGUUCAGUGGCAACUCGACACCGGCAAGCGUGAUGUCCUUCCCCAUCUCUCUGCAUCAAUUGAGAAUAUUGUGAUAUCGAAACGCGGUUCAUCUUAUAUCGUCCAUUUGGAUGACAACUCCACCAUGGUUUUGUCUACGGCUGAGAUGAAGCCGACAGCUUAUGUAUCUGGCGUUCAAUCGUUGGUUUAUCCCACGCCUGGAUCCAAGGACAAUCUUGUUGCGCGGGUAGGCCAUGCUCAGACACCAACCCUUGUGUCUAGGACACCCGCUGCUAUAAACCCCGUGGAUUCGACACGCCUUCUUGUGUGUGUAGGUAAUGGGCAGCAGAUGAGUCAAGCUGGCGCCGUGGCGUCGACACCACUCCUACAAACCAUGGAUCUGAGCACAAACCAAAGUAUUGCAAAACAGGCAAUGACUAGAACCAACCCGACGGAUGUCAAUAUAACGCCAAAAGGUUACGCCAUCACGGAACCAAGAGUCACUCACUUGGCAUAUUCACACGACGGGAAAUGGCUUGCAACUGUUGACGAGUGGCAGCCACCACCCCGAGAUACCGAUGCCCUCGAAGGUCUGCCAUCGUCGAGACGGGAAGUUCAUCUUAAGUUCUGGACCCCUGCUGCAACGGAGGAACAGUCUAAGGAGAAGCCAAAGGGCCAGCAAAAAGAGCAACCGAAACAGCAAUCGCUGGAGCUUGUUUCGCGAAUCAAUGCACCACAUUAUACUGGUCGCAGUGAGGCCGUGCUCGAUCUUGCGGCAGAUCCUAGUUCACAUAAGUUCGCCACCAUCGGCGAGGAUGGCGUGGUUCGGAUUUGGCAGCCAGCCACCAGACAGCGAGACGGCCUUGUUAUCAAAAGCAGAUCUGGGCGCGGCCUACAGAGCUGGGUGUGCUCUCAAAAAGUAUAUCUUCAGGAGAACAAAGCCUCAACUGGGUCCGGCCCCGCUGUUUCGAACGCGACAACGGCAAGGAGUGGUGCUGUUUCAUUCUCGAAGGACGGGUCAAUAUUGGCUUGUGCCUUUAAGGAUGGCCCCGAUUCGACCGUUUACAUCGUUGAUGCGGAGUCUGGAAAAGUCGUCAACUCCAUCGAUGGCUUGGUUUACGGAGAUGUGCAGGGCAUACUAAUUCUUGCAUCGAACCUUGUCGUGCUUUCAGAAGAUAUUGUGGUGUACAGCAUUGUGCUGGACGAGAUGAGCUAUGGCAUUCGUCUAAAUCAAGAUGCCAAUGCUUCUACAUCACAAAAGCUCCAGUCACAGCUAGCUGUUGAUCACCACUCUGGAACUUUUGUGGUGGCCAUUUCGCGCCCCAACAAGCAAGGGAUUGUGGAGUCGGAAUUGGCAGUCUUCAACGCCGACCAAUGCGAACCCGAGAUCGUUCGCGAGUUCCCACUCGCCGUCGUUUCCGUCAUGGCCGCGCCCGAUUCAAGCGGUUUCCUCGUCCUCGAUUCCGGAGCACAACUGUGGUCUAUCACCCAAGGCACAGAUCCAAGAUCCAUCGCUCUCGCUCAACCGCUGGCUGACAUAAAUCUGGAUAACGCAGAGGAGGCGCGAACGGAAGACGCAGAUCAGCCCAUGGUUAUUAUCAAUGAAGACGAGGACGUGGUCAGCGGCGACGAGAUGGAACUUGAUGCCGCUGAAAACGACGUGGAGGGUGAUGGUGUCUACCCAGUGGUUGUUGCACCUCAGAAACUCGCAGAGCUCUUCAAUGCCGCACCUGCGUUUGCCAUGCCACCGAUCGAGGAUAUGUUCAACCAGGUCACGAAGCUUUUCUCGUCAAAACCAGCAACUACUAUAACAGCUUGA